UGCGAGCUCGCUACAGACGCUUAAUAGUCUUUUUUUUUAAUUAUACAUAUCUCGUAUUUCUCUUUAUAUUAUUUUGUUCCGAGACCCCAUUAUAUUUUUAACAUUUAGGAAAAUGGCUGACACGAAAGUCGAUACCAGCUCGGAAGUCUCCGCCAAGGACCUUAAAGAAAAGAAGCAGGUUGAGGAGGCGGAAAACGGAAAGGAUGCCCCUGCUAAUGGAAAUGUGGAAAAUGAGGAGAAUGGCGAUCAAGAAAAUGAAGUAGAUGAGGAGGAUGAUGAGGUGGCUGAAGAAGAUGAGGAAGAUGAUGGAGAAGGCAAGGCCUUAAAUAAACCAACUUGAUGAGAAUGAUUAAAAAAAAAACAUACGGCUAUAGCUCCACCUAUGUGUUGACAGCCAAGUCAUAUAAACAAAGAUGCAAUACUAAGAAUGAAUAACUACAUUGCAGGUGAUGAUGAUGAUGAUGAAGAUGACGAGGCUGAGGGCGGCACAGGAAAAAGAGCGGCCGAGGAAGAUGAUGAGGAUGAUGUUGAAACCAAGAAGCAAAAGACUGAUGUGUAAGAAGCUACUCUGCUGAAAAUCUCAUCCCUCCUUUCCUUAACUCGUCCACUGGGGGAGGAAAAACAUGAUCAUCAUCAAGUAGAGUCCAGCAUCCGUGUACACACACCUAACUGCAGAUUUUGUAGAAACAACCAAGACUUCAAAGCUCUACCUUCUUACAAAAUACUUUAAAAGGAAAAAUUUGUUUGUAUUUUUAUUUACAUUUUAUAUUUUUGUACAUAUUGUUAGGAGGUCAGCCAUUUUUGACCGUGAUCUCUGGUUACCAAACGGUGCUUUGAAGUUGAUGCUUCUCUAUGAAAUAGAUUUUACUUGUGGUUUGACCAUGUCAUGUUAUCUCAAAAGAAACUUGUAAAAAACUAAGCAAAAAAAGAAACCAUGAGAAAAAAAAAACAUUAAUUCAAAGCAUUCCAGUAACUUUGUGUAUGUACAUCAGUUGUAUCAUACGUAGUUGGAUUGUAUGAGAGGGCAAGGCCAAAAGAAAAGAAUUUUCUUCUUUUCUUUCUUGUCUGUUAAAUUGCUAUCUAUUUGUGGCCUGUUCAAUGUAUGUGUGCAAUUUGUUGUGCGACAAUAAACCGAAAUUUAUUUUGUGAGUUCUUA